GAGAGAGAGAGAGAGAGAGAGAGAGAGAGAGAGAGAGAGAGAGAGAGAGAGAUGUGGGAAUGAUAUCCCGGGUUUAAUUUCAUUGCUGCUGCUGCUUGAAGAUUCGCUGAACUGUAAUUGUAUUUGUAGCAGGCUUGGGGUUUACGAUGAUUUCGGUUUUCAAAAUGUCGAGUCGCAUUCCUCUGCUGCAAACUGGAAGACUCCGGCCGGAGAAACUGGGCCAAAAUGCUAUUGCGAUCAUCAGGAACCUUUUCUUCACGUUUUUCGUAUUCGGGGUCUUGAUCUUCACCUUCAUCGCGGCGACUUAUCAGCCCGAGGACCCUCUGUUUCAUCCUUCAACCAAGAUCACAACUUUUCUCUCAUCGACGUCGAGUGCCACUUUUAGAUCAGAUAACACCAUUUUCAAAACCGGUGAGGACUUCAUGGCUGCGAACCAGACGGCAUUUGCUGACUUCAUUAACAUAACUGAUGUCGAUGAAGGUGCGACGGCUGCCAUCCCUAAUCGCGUUUGCGAGGUAGAUAAAUCGAUUGACUGUAAAGACCAGGAGUUGUUCCAUGUGAUGAUGAAGGCUGCAAUAGAACAGUUUAAGGAUAUACAUUUUUACCGGUUCGGUAAGCCAGUUCGUGGAUUGGAUGAUAGUUCUUGUCACAUGGCAUGGCGGUUUAGACCCAAGGAAGGAAAGAGGGCUGCUUUUUACAAGGACUAUCGCAACUUCGCUAUUGCAAGAUCCGACAAUUGCUCUCUGGAUGUUGCUCAAAUCGGAGAAUACCACUCGGGAGUGAACGCGAAGAGGAGGAAGAAGAACCAUAAACCGGGGUUUGAGAAGAAGCACAAGAAGAAAGACAAGCAUCCUGUUUCUCUCCCUACUCUUGGAGAAACGGUAAACGACUCUCUGCCCGUGGUUGAAUCGGAGGCUUCGUUUGCCCAGGGCCUGUACUUGGUUUACAACGGAGGCCAAGAUAGAUGCAAGAGCAUGAGUCAUUACCUCUGGAGUUUCAUGUGCGCUUUGGGGGAAGCUCAGUACUUGAAUCGGACACUGGUCAUGGACCUGACUAUUUGUCUGUCUUCGAUUUACACUUCUUCGCAUCAAGACGAAGAAGGGAAGGAUUUCAGGUUCUACUUCGACUUUGAGCAUCUGAAAGAGUCGGCUUCCGUUUUGGAUUCAAGCCAGUUCGCGUUCGACUGGAACAGAUGGCACCGGAAGAACGGAUUGAAAACCCAUCUUGUCGAGGAUUUUCGAACCACCCCCAUGAUGCUGUCCGGCGUGGAGGAUACUUUGGUCAUGAGGAGGUUUGGUUCAGGGGAACAUAGCUAUUGGUACAGAGUUUGCGAAGGCGAGACGGAAUCGGUUGUGCAACGGCCAUGGCAUUUGGUGUGGAAGUCUAAGCGGCUGAUGGACAUAGUGUCCGCGAUUGCAUCAAGGUUGAACUGGGAUUUCGACUCGGUUCACAUAGAGAGAGGAGAGAAGGCGGCGAACAAGGAUCUCUGGCCUAAUCUUGAUGCGGAUACUUCCCCCGAAGCCCUUCUCUCGAAGUUGACGGGAAAGAUUGACGAUGGGAGGAAUUUGUACAUCGCAACGAAUGAACCGGACACAUCCUUCUUCGACCCUUUGAAAGAGAAAUACUCCACUCAUUUCCUCGACGAGUAUAAAGAUCUAUGGGAUGAGAAAAGCGAGUGGUACACAGAGACAACAAAGCUCAACAACGGGGUUCCUGUGGAGUUCGAUGGUUACAUGAAGAUCUCGGUUGAUACAGAGGUUUUCUUGAGGGGAAAGAUGCAAAUCGAGACUUUCAAUGAUCUCACUAAUGACUGCAAGGAUGGCAUCAACACCUGCACCUCCUCAGCCAUCUAAUCCGUAUACUCGAGAGUUUCAAACGUUGUUGCUUCUACAUUUUGGGGUAUCCGCGCGUAUCACCUUUCGUUUCUUUGCUUUUCUGAAGUUUUGGUAUCAAUGCAAAAGCAGCAACUCAUGUGUCCUGUAAUUCUGGAGAUUUGAAUAUCCAAUCUUCUUUCAGAUUCGUAGCCGCACUUGAGUUUUCUCUCAUUCCUUUUGAUUUUACUCGCUUGAAUGGAGGCUUAUGGUACGAAAUUGCCACUGGGGGGGGGGGGGGGGGAUACCGUAUCCCUCGUUGUCGUGCUCUUUGAUAGUGCAUGUUUUCUUUCAAAGUCAGCUUCAUUGUAAUCCAAACGAUCUUCUGUGAAGCUUGAUCAGAUGUUACG